GGCCGGGGGUGUGGGCCGAGGGCGAAACCCCGCCCCCAGGGGUCCCUGAUCUUUGCCCCCGCCCCGGGCUCCGCGCUUCUCCGAGAGGCAUCGACAGGCAGGCAGCGUUGCCUUUGUGUGUUUCGCUUCGAGGUGCCAGAGACCCUCCCCACAGUCGUCCGCCGCGUCCCCUCGCGGCCCUCGGCCCCUCCUCUCGGCGUCCCCAGCCCCCCUGUUCAGCUCCGCGUGCCAUUUCAGGGAUCGCUGGUUCGCUCCCCACGGCUCCAGGAGGAGGGGCGAGGGCCGGCAGCCCCCUCCCCCGCGCGCGGCGCAGGAGCCGAGCCCAGCCAGGGGGACCCGCCGCCGCCGGUCAUGUGGGCCGGACUGCUCCUUCGGGCCGCCUGUGUCGCGCUCCUGCUGCCGGGGGCCCCAGCCCGAGGCUACACGGGGAGGAAGCCGCCCGGGCACUUCGCGGCCGAGAGACGCCGGCUGGGCCCCCACGUCUGCCUCUCUGGGUUCGGGAGUGGCUGCUGCCCUGGCUGGGCGCCCUCUAUGGGUGGUGGGCACUGCACCCUGCCCCUCUGCUCCUUUGGCUGUGGGAGUGGCAUCUGCAUUGCUCCCAACGUCUGCUCCUGCCAGGAUGGAGAGCAAGGGGCUACCUGCCCAGAAACCCACGGACCAUGUGGGGAGUACGGCUGUGACCUUACCUGCAACCAUGGCGGCUGUCAGGAGGUGGCCCGAGUGUGCCCCGUGGGCUUCUCGAUGACGGAGACAGCUGUUGGCAUCAGGUGUACAGACAUUGACGAAUGUGUAAGCUCCUCUUGCGAGGGCCACUGUGUGAACACAGAAGGUGGGUUUGUGUGUGAGUGUGGGCCAGGCAUGCAGCUGUCUGCCGACCGCCACAGCUGCCAAGGAGGACAGAGGACACUCCUGUUGCCCAGGAGUGCAUUGUUGCAAUCUCGGUUCACUGCAAUCCCCGCCUCCUGGGUUCAAGCGAUUCUCCAACUCUCCCAAGUAGCUAGGGUUACAGACACUGACGAAUGCCUAGGGACUCCCUGUCAGCAGAGAUGUAAAAACAGCAUUGGCAGCUACAAGUGUUCCUGUCGAACUGGCUUCCACCUUCAUGGCAACCGGCACUCCUGUGUAGAUGUAAACGAGUGUCGGAGGCCAUUGGAGAGGCGAGUCUGUCACCAUUCCUGCCACAACACCGUGGGCAGCUUCCUAUGCACAUGCCGACCUGGCUUCAGGCUCCGAGCUGACCGCGUGUCCUGUGAAGCUUUCCCGAAAGCCGUGCUGGCCCCAUCUGCCAUCCUGCAGCCCCGGCAACACCCCUCCAAGAUGCUCCUGUUGCUUCCUGAGGCCGGCCGGCCUGCCCUGUCCCCAGGACAUAGCCCUCCUUCUGGAGCUCCAGGGCCCCCAGCUGGAGUCAGGACCACCCGCCUGCCAUCUCCCACCCCACGACUACCCACAUCCUCCCCUUCUGCCCCUGUGUGGCUGCUGUCCACCCUGAUGGCCACCCCAGUGCCUACUGCCUCCCUGCUGGGGAACCUCAGACCCCCCUCACUCCUUCAGGGGGAGGUGAUGGGGACCCCUUCCUCACCCAGGGGCCCUGAGGCCCCCUGGCUGGCAGCAGGGCCCUCUCCUUGCUGGCACCUGGGAGCCAUGCAUGAAUCAGGGAGUCGCUGGACAGAGCCUGGGUGUUCCCAGUGCUGGUGCGAGGAUGGGAAGGUGACCUGUGAAAAGGUGAGGUGUGAAGCUGCUUGUUCCCACCCAAUUCCCUCCAAAGAUAGGGGGUGCUGCCCAUCGUGCACAGGCUGUUUUCACAGUGGUGUCGUCCGAGCUGAAGGGGAUGUGUUUUCACCUCCCAACGAGAACUGCACUGUCUGUGUCUGUCUGGCUGGAAACGUGUCCUGCAUCUCUCCCGAGUGUCCCCCCGGCCCCUGUCAGACCCCCCCACAGUCGGAUUGCUGUACUUGUGUUCCAGUGAGAUGCUAUUUCCACGGCCGGUGGUAUGCAGACGGGGCUGUGUUCAGUGGGGGUGGUGAUGAGUGUACCACCUGUGUCUGCCAGAAUGGGGAGGUGGAGUGCUCCUUCAUGCCCUGCCCUGAGCUGGCCUGCCCCCGAGAAGAGUGGCGGCUGGGCCCUGGGCAGUGCUGCUUCACCUGCCAGGAGCCCACACCCGCGACAGGCUGCUCUCUCGAUGACAAUGGGGUAGAGUUUCCGAUUGGACAGAUCUGGUCGCCUGGUGACCCCUGUGAGUUAUGCAUCUGCCAGGCAGAUGGCUCGGUGAGCUGCAAGAGGACAGACUGUGUGGACUCCUGCCCUCACCCGAUCCGGAUCCCUGGACAGUGCUGCCCAGACUGUUCAGCAGGCUGUACCUACACAGGCAGAAUCUUCUAUAACAACGAGACCUUCCCGUCCGUGCUGGACCCAUGUCUGAGCUGCAUCUGCCUGCUGGGCUCAGUGGCCUGUUCCCCCGUGGACUGCCCCAUCACCUGUACCUACCCUUUCCACCCUGACGGGGAGUGCUGCCCUGUGUGCCGAGACUGCAACUACGAGGGAAGGAAGGUGGCGAACGGCCAGGUGUUCACCUUGGAUGAUGAACCCUGCACCCGGUGCACGUGCCAGCUGGGAGAGGUGAGCUGCGAGAAGGUUCCCUGCCAGCGGGCCUGUGCCGACCCUGCCCUGCUCCCUGGGGACUGCUGCUCUUCCUGUCCAGAUUCCCUGUCUCCUCUGGAAGAAAAGCAGGGGCUCUCCGCUCACAGAAAUGUGGCAUUCAGCAAAGCUGCUCGGAGCCUGCGUGGAGACACUGAGGCCCCUGCCAACUGUAGCUCCUGUCCUGGGUCCCCGACAGCAUCACCCUCGAGGCCGGUGCUUCAUCUCCUCCAGCUCCUUUUAAGAACGAACUUGACGAAAAUACAGACUUUACCUACAAGCCCGGCAGGAGCUCAUGGUCCCCACUCACCCACUUUGGGGCCAACAGGCACUUUCCCAGGGGAGCCUGGGGCCUCCCCUCGACUCUCACCAGGGCCUUCGACCCCUCUAGGAGCCCCCACUCUACCUCUAGCUUCCCCAGGGGCUCCUCAGCCACCUCCUGUGACUCCAGAGCGCUCCUUCUCAGCCUCUGGGGCCCAGAUAGUGUCCAGGUGGCCUCCUCUGCCUGUCACCCUCCUGACGGAAGCUUCAGCACUUUCCAUGAUGGACCCCAGCCCCUCGAAGACCCCCAUCACCCUCCUCGGGCCUCGCACGCUUUCUCCCACCACCUCUAGACUCUCUACAGCCCUUGCAGCCACCACCCACCCCGGCCCCCAGCAGCCCCCAGUGGGGGCUUCUCAGGGGGAAGAGUCCACCAUGUAAGCAGGUCACUGUCCGGGAGACUCCGGAGAGAGGACACUCUGCCAGUGGCCCAGGGUGUGUGCAGGGCGGCUCCAAGGGUGAACCUGGUGGGGAUGCCUGGGCUCCCUCCUGCAGGGGCCCUGGUGAGGAUGGAAGACCCCCAAGGCUGGAUGUAACCUUGUUCCCAAGAAGUGUUUGGAAUGUGCUGUAAGAAUGGAGGAAGUGGUUUCCACUGUCAGCAUCCUCCCUGGACCACAUGGCCGGCUCAUCUUUUGAGAAGCGUCGGGGCUACCAAGUUCUCCUGGAGGAAGAGUUGCAUCCAGCUGGGAUUCCACUCACUGGGACUGUACCGCCAGGUGUCAUGCGUCUCCCUGAGGUUUCCUGAUUAAAGGUUGUCUCGGUUUCCCCA